CUGUCAUCAAGUGUCAUCUGUCUAAAUCUAAAAGGAGCGGCGCGGCCUUCUUCUUAAGUCGCCGCAUACUACUUUAUUCGUUUGAUUUAUUUUCAUUUUAGCUGUGCAUUGAAGUUUUCAUAAGUAAAAUAACCCGAGGCGGUAACAUAAAAUUCACAAUGUCUCAACACGAGCUUUCCUGUGGCUUAGAAUUUACGUCUACUCCUGAUUUACAAGCAUGUUUAUCAGAAAGUCUGCGUAGUAAUUAUUCUUUUGUAGUAUCACCAAUAGUUCAUCCUCGUUUUCGGAGACCAUGUGCAGGUCCCGGUAAGGUUGGUGGUUUUACAAGAUCAGAUAUGAUCCUGUCACCUAAUGACUGGACUUCUAGAAUGGUAGGAAGAUUGUCUCCUUACCUGAACGUGGACUCCUCUUCCGCGAUCGUCCGGCAACGUCAUGAAGACAUCAUGAAUGAAGAACUAAAUUACUGUAAAGGUCUUGGUCUUCCAGCUAUUAUGUUGUCUGUGCAUGGUAGAGAAUCUAAUAACUUGACUAGAAUUCUCAAUACAUAUUUUGAUUCUAGUCAUCAUCCAUCUUUAAUAUGGGCCCGAGUACCUAUGUUAUGUACAAAAACAAUGAAAGACUGUGUUAAUGAAGGGGAUGAAGCUGCCCCCUUCAAUGAGCCUUGGCUAUGGUGGUCCAAGUUCCAUGAACGCUUGGAGUUUGAUAAGCGUGUGGGAGUAGCCCUGGAACUUUCAGCUGAUUUGCCACCUGAAGAUGUGAUAAAAAGAUGGCUGGGAGAGCCAGUGAAGGUGGUUAUUGUGCCAACCUCUAUUUUCUAUAACAAUAAGAAAGGAUUUCCAGUGCUAUCACGACCUCAUCAACAGUUGGUAGUAAGUUUAAUUGAACAUGAGGCUCAGGUCCUAGUGACAGGGGCUAGGAGGUCCAAUGUGGAGUACUACCUCCAGUUUUUGUAUAGAAUCUGGAAGCGAAGACCCUACUUUGGUGAUGAUCCUAUGUUGAGUUAUGCUAGAGGGUGGGAAGAUUACCUGCAGACUCCACUUCAACCUUUAGCAGAUAAUUUGGAUACACAUACUUAUAAUGUUUUUGAAAAGGAUCCAAUUAAAUAUGACCAAUACCAAAAAGCUAUUGCACAAGCUUUGACUGAUUUGCAAAAAGGACCAACAAAUGUGAUAAAUACUGAUAUUAGUACAGCAAAUGCACAAGAGGUAGGACAAGGUGAUAAUGCAGAUAGCAAAAAGAAAACCUACACAGUAAUGGUGCUGGGAGCUGGGAGGGGACCAUUAGUGAGAGCCACACUUAAUGCUGCAGAUAUUACAAAUAGUAAAGUUAAGGUUGUGGCUGUGGAAAAGAAUCCUUGUGCUGUAGUAGUGUUAGCAGCUCAAGUCCGUGAGGUGUGGCGUGACAGGGAUGUUGUGGUUGUUCCUGGUGACAUGAGGCAGAUCAAUUUAUCACCAAAGGCAGACAUCAUUGUAUCAGAAUUGUUAGGAUCAUGGGGUGACAAUGAAUUGUCUCCAGAAUGUUUGGAUGGUGCUGCAGGCCUCUUGAAGCCAGGAGGUAUAUCAAUACCUUGUCAGUACAGAUCCUAUGUGGCACCCAUUUCAUCACCUCGGUUGUGGGCAGCAGCUAAAGUGGCUUCAUCUGUUGCACAAUCAAACCAUAAGGAUAAAAAUCUGGAAACCCUAUGGGUUGUUUAUAUGCAGAAUAAGCAUGAUAUUGCUGAAACAAAGCUUGUUUUUACAUUUGACCAUCCAGCAAAAGGUGCGAGGGACCAUGAAGGACAGGAAAUGGUGGAUUACAGAGGCUUGCCUGAGACAGAUAAUAGGAGACAAGAAAUAAUAACUUGGGAAGUACAACAAGAUAAUGUGAUGCAUGGAUUUGGAGGAUACUUUGAUUGUACAUUGUAUGGAAAAGAAAUGAUAAGCAUAGUACCUUCCACACACAGUCCAGGAAUGAUAUCAUGGUUUCCAGUAUUUAUUCCUAUAAAGACACCCCUUCGUGUACAUAAAGGUGAAACAAUAACAGCAAGAUUUUGGCGCUGCACUGAUGCCCGCAAAGUUUGGUAUGAAUGGAUAGUUGAAGUGGGCAACCGUUCAACUACACUGCACAAUCCUAAUGGAAGAAGUUCAGAAAUGAAGUUGUAAAUUAUUGUUGAUUUAUAAGAAAAAUAAAGACAUUACAGAAAAAAAAAUAUUAUUUAUUUUCUACAAUAAGUUUUACUAUCAUAAGACAUUGCACACAUCACAGUUUCUGUUAUCAGAACUAAUCUAUACAUUCUAUAAAUAUAGCUUUAAAGUUAUUUACAACAAAAUCAUUUCUUCACCAGUCGCACAAUAUUCAUUUCCUUGUGAAAGUCAUCUAUGUCUUGGUCCCAUCUUUUCUCAAAAUAAAUACCUAAAAAAACAUUUAAUAUUAUCACAUGAUCACAUUACUGCAAAGAAACAAAAGCAAGUUAGAUUAGAAAAUUAAUUAUCUGUAUACCUUGCAAGAAUUUGGCAUUGUUUCCAGUUUUGAUGGCCCAGGGCAAGUAAUAUUUCAGAUAUAACUGGCGAUGUUUGGGCUUUAGUCUGGCUGCUCCCCAUAUCCCACCAUUGAUGCACAUGGGCAACCUAGUUUGUAUACCUUCAACCCAUUUCACUGUAACCUUGAAUAGUAUAAAAAAAUAUUGAAGCAUUUAUGUAAAAAACAAAAAGUAAUUAAGUACUUCAAGUUCAUUCACCUAAUAUUUACCUCUCCUAGCAUGGUUGUUCUCAUAAACAAAGUAGCAUGAACUAAAUCAUGUACUUCUCUAUAACGUUGCAUCACAUAUGCUAACUCAGGAUCUUCAAUAAAUUGUACUGGUAAACGAGAGUCCGCCGUUAUAUUAUUGUCAGUCAUAAAAUCCGCGUAAACACGGCCUAGUGUGUUUUCUGGCAUUUGAGCCAGUUUAUCAAAACAAACAGUUUUAGAAUUAAUGCGCGGCUUCUCUUUGAGUAUUUCAGAACCUUCUUGUGUCUCAGAUAUUUUUUGUUGCAUGUGUAUUAGAGCGCUUUCUCCAGUGACUUCACCUAAACAAGCAAUCAUGUCACCUCGAUGAGGAUUUAAUAAGGAAAUAGCUGCUGAACCAACAGUUAAUAUUGCUUUUUGAAAAGGAUUUGCGGCUAUAAAAUUUUUCUUCAUUUCUUCUGCAAAAUUGUUACUAUUAGUCGAAGUAGUGUAACAUCUUAUAAAUCUAAAAGAAGACCGCAUUUUAGCAAUAAUUUUCUGUAUCUAUUUAACGUGAGAUAUCAACAAUUAAUAUGUUUGAAACAACAAAGUCACAGGUCACAGUUGUAUAAUUUUAACUCAACUGUCCUGAAAAUAACCUGAAAAUGUAUUGUUGAUAAAUAUAUGUC